ACAGAUUAAUGCAAUGGCCAAUAAAGCAGCAGGAAAAGGUUAUGAAAAUGAGAGUUUCUAUGAAAACAUCAAAUUCCAGUUUUUUGGGAUAGAAAAUAUCCAUGUUAUGAGAAGUAGUCUAAAUAAACUAAUAGAAGUAUCUGAGUUGAAGAUCCCCUCAAUGAAUGCGUUUUUGACUGGCUUAGAAUCUAGUGGCUGGCUCAAGCAUGUUCGAAGUAUCAUAGAAACUGCAGUGUUUAUUGCUAAG